GGGGGGCGGGAGGGGUCAUUCCGCGAUCAGCUGCGGGAGCGCGGGGAGGCGAUGCCGCUGGCUCGCAGCGUCUCGGUGAGCUCCCUGCCGGGGCUGGAGGAGUGGGGGGGCCACGGCGCCCCCGAGAAUGUCGUCCUGUUCGAGGUGGCCUGGGAGGUGGCCAACAAGGUGGGAGGCAUCUACACGGUGCUGCAGACCAAGGCCAGGAUGACCGCGGAUGAGUGGGGUGAGAGCUACGUGCUGGUGGGGCCCUACGUGGAGAGCAGCGUCCGCACCCAGGUGGAGCUGCUGGAGCCCCCCCAGCCUGCCCUGCGCCGCACCCUGGCUGCCAUGAACGCCCAGGGCUGCAAGGUGCACUUUGGGCGCUGGCUGAUCGAGGGGAGCCCUGCAGUGGUGCUGCUGGAUGUGGGGGCCACGGCCUGGAGCCUGGAGAGGUGGAAGGGAGAGCUGUGGGAGAGCUGUGCCAUAGGGGUGCCCUGGUACGACCGGGAGGCCAACGACGCAGUGCUCUUCGGCUUCCUCGUCGCCUGGUUCCUGGGGGAGUUCGCAGCGCAGAGCGAGGAGCCUCCCUUCAUCGUGGGCCACUUCCACGAGUGGCUGGCGGGGCUGGGGCUGGUGCUGAGCCGCGCCCGCAGGCUGCCCGUGGCCACCAUCUUCACCACCCACGCCACCCUGCUGGGCCGCUACCUCUGCGCCGGCAGCGUCGACUUCUACAACAACUUGCACAGCUUCGACGUGGACAAGGAGGCCGGGGAGCGGCAGAUCUACCACCGGUACUGCCUGGAGCGGGCGGCCGCGCACUGCGCCCACGUCCUGACCACCGUCUCCCACGUCACCGCCGCCGAGGCCGAGCACCUGCUCAAGCGCAAGCCUGACCUGGUGACGCCCAACGGGCUGAACGUGCGCAAGUUCUCGGCCAUGCACGAGUUCCAGAACCUGCACGCGCAGAGCAAGGCGCGCGUCCAGGAGUUCGUCCGCGGACACUUCUACGGGCACCUGGACUUCGACCUGGACAAGACUCUGUUCUUCUUCAUCGCCGGCCGCUACGAGUUCUCCAACAAGGGAGCUGACAUCUUCCUGGAGGCCCUGGCCAGGCUCAACUACCUGCUCAGGGUGAACGGCAGCGAGGUGACCGUGGUGGCCUUCUUCAUCAUGCCGGCCAGGACCAACAACUUCAACGUGGAGUCCCUCAAGGGCCAGGCCGUGCGCAAGCAGCUCUGGGACACAGCCAACGCCGUCAAGGAGAAGUUUGGGAAGAAGCUCUAUGAGUCCCUGCUGGUGUAAGCCGCUGGGGG